AUGAAUAUAUAUCAAUUAAUGACUAAAGAUGAUAAACCAUUACCAAUCUUUAAUUUAUAUUAAAUGAAUCGAAAUUCAUUACUAGAAGGAUUAAAUUCAACUAGUGAUAAAUUAAUUGCCAUUGCUUAUUAAUCCUUAAAUAAUGAGGUUGCAUUCUUUGAUAUCAAUAUCAAUAAAAACAUAAUACAACCAACCUUAUUUUUUACAUUGUUUUUAGAAUAAGAAUACAGCCAAAAAGCAAGUUUUUUGUGA